GCGUGUUCUUGUGGACUUCUGCAGAUUUCAUGUCUUUCGUCGAAUCUCAGCUCGUGUCCUCAGGAAAAUUUUCAUGGAUGCUGUAGACAUUUUCGAGGGUUUGAUACUCUGAUGUUCAGUUUCGCGAUUGGUGGGGUUGGCUCUUUUUCCUACAUCCAAAGAGCACAUGCAUAUAAAGUGUUUGUUGAAAUUCCUCAUAGAAGAUGAGAUCCGUAUUCAGAUCAAUCCGGUUUUCGAUUCUACCGAGUCUUGGGAAAACCAAACGUUCUUUGUGUUUUUCGCCUAUAAGAGAUGGAACAGGUGAUGCAUCGACUGAGUUGCAGGCGCUUUGCCGGGUUGUAUCGAGCCCCGUUGGCGGUCUGGAUGACCUCGAGGAAAUGCUGAACCGGGUUUCGGUUUCGGUAUCAUCCAAACUUGUUACCCAAGUAAUAGAUUCCUGCAGGAAUGAGACAUCAGCGAGAAGGCUGCUCAGAUUUUUCUCGUGGUCACGUAGGAACCCGGGAUCCUGCUUAGAUGACAAGGAAUUCAACUAUGUACUGAGAGUUUUGGCUGAGAAAAGGGAUCAUACGGCUAUACAGCUACUGCUAUCGGAUAUACGGGAGGAAAAACUGGCAAUGGACCGACAAACAUUUGGCCUUGUGGCUGAAUCUUUGGUAAAACUCGGUAGAGAAGAAGAGGCAUUGGGUAUUUUCAAGAGCUUGGACAAGUUUUCCUGCCCGCAAGAUAGUUUCACAGUGACAGCCAUUAUCAGUGCUCUCUGCUCCAGAGGGCAUGUGAAGAAAGCUCUGGGAGUUUUGCAUCAUCACAAGGAAAUUAUCUUGGGAAACGAAUUGUGUGUGUAUAGAAGUCUUUUGUAUGGGUUAUCGAUCCAAAAAAAUGUGAAGGAAGCAAGAAAAGUUAUACAAGAAAUGAAAUCAGCCGGGAUUGCCCCGGAUAUUUUUUGCUACAACACUUUGCUUAGCUGCCUCUGCGAGCGGAACGUUAGACGAAACCCGUCUGGUCUUGUUCCCGAAGCAUUGAACGUUAUGUCGGAGAUGAGGUCUUAUAAAAUCUCGCCCACGUCCAUUAGUUACAACAUAUUGCUUUCUAGUCUGGGAAGAGUGAGAAGGGUGAAAGAAUCUUGCCGGAUUCUUGAGCAAAUGAAGCAAUCGGGGUGUGAUCCCGAUUCAACAAGCUACUACCUCGUCACGAGAAUGCUGUACUUGACAGGGAGGUUCGGGAAAGGUAACAAAGUGGUUGAUGAGAUGAUUGAAAGAGGGUUGAAACCUGAAUGCAAGAUCUACUAUGAUCUUAUUGGGAUUCUUUGCGGAGUUAAGCGGGUGAAUUUGGCGAUUGAGUUGUUUGAGAAGAUGAAGAGAAACUCAGUGGGUGGCUAUGGGGCAGUUUAUGACGUGCUUAUACAAAAACUUUGUAAAGGAGGGGACUUUGAGAGGGGAAGAGAGCUUUGGAAUGAGGCAAUGUCUCUCGGUGUCACCCUUCGUUGCUCGGUAGAUUUGCUAGAUCCCUCUGUCACUGAGGCUUUCGAACCAACAAAGAAGAAAGAAGUGAUUUCAAUGGAGGAUUAUGAUGCACUCAAGGCAAAGAUGCAGCUUAAGAUGAGCAAGACAAAACCAAAAUGCAAAAGCAAGAAGAAACAAAAACCGGGCCGUUGAUUUCAGAUUUCUUCCAGCUUAUCUGAUGUAUCUGAAGUAACAAUCUAUGGAACUCAGAACGGUUGUGACAGCAAUGGUGUCAUCAUUCUGAUUCUGGUUUUGUUGGUGUUGCGUUAAAGCCAUUACCAGAUAAAAAUGGUUAAGGUUCAGAGCCAUGCUCAGUUUACAUUGGUUCGGUUCGGUUUAUGUUGGUAAACAAUGUACCGAAAUAAACCGACUUUAAUCUUGGUCAUCUCUCAAGACGUUGGAAUCGCAUCCAACAUGAUUUAACCGAAAGAGUUAAACCCAUUUAGUUAAAAAUCAAACAAAUGAGUAAAUGAAUGCAGGGCCGAAGUGGGGUUUCUGAACUGUAGACAGUGUGGGAGAUCUUCAAGUUGUCACAUGGAAGACUUGCAACAUGAAUAAGAUCACAAAACAUGGCCAUAUGGUUUUGGAUUUUUUUUGUCCAAUUCAUGCUGAUAUUUUUUUGUUGGAUUAUUUAAUUUCAUUUUAUCAAAUCUCAUCAAGUUUUUGUAGUUUGGUCAUCGUUAAAACCUAGAACAAUUUUUGCCCUAUAUCUUAGACGUCUUUUUUCAA